CUGUUUUUAAAGUAAGUGGCAUUUAUUUUUAUUUUUUAUUUUUUUUGCGGAGGGUGGGGGGGGACCAGUUUCCCGUGCGACACAACCAAUCUGUCAGGAGAAGGAGAAGAAGAAGGAGAAGGAGAAGGGGGGAAACAUGGGACUCCACCCGCUUGAGUUCAGUGAGUGCUACCUGGACAGCCCCAGCUUCAGGGACAAGAUCAAGUCUCACGAGGCGGAGCUGGACAAAACGAACAGGUUCAUCAAGGAGCUGUACAAGGAUGGGAAGAACCUCAUCACCGCGACGAAGCAGCUUGGUAUGGCACAGAAAAAAUUUGCCCAGUGCCUGGGAGAAUUUCAGUUUGAGUACAUCGGAGAUGCCAAGACAGAUGAUGAGAAAUGUAUUGAUGAGUCUUUGCAAGAAUUCUCCAUAUUUCUUAAGAACCUAGAAGAGCAAAGGGAGCUGAUGACGAGAAACAUCACAGAAACUUUAAUGAAACCCCUGGAGAAGUUCAGGAAAGACCAUCUCGGUACAGUAAGGGCGGAAAGGAAGAAGUAUGAGAAGGAGACGGAGAAAUACUACAGUUCUCUGGAAAAGCUUCUGAACAUGUCUGCUAAGAAGAAAGAGCCACAGCUACAAGAGGCAGACGGCCAGGUGGAAACAAUGAGGCAGCACUUUCAGGAGGAGUCACUGGACUAUGUGUGCAAACUGCAGGAGAUUCAGGAGAGAAAGAAGUUUGAGUGUGUGGAGCCGAUGCUGGCCUUCUUUCAGACAGUCUUCACGUUUUAUCACCAGGGCUUCGAACUUGCCAAGGACUUUGAUCACUAUAAAAGAGCGCUGCAGAUCAAUAUUCAGAAUACAAGGAAUCGAUUUGAGGGCGCACGGUCAGAGGUGUAUGAGCUAAUGAAGAGGAUCAGGGAGACACCGCAAGAAUACAGACAAACCAGCCCUAUCAGUUGUGAAGGCUACCUCUAUGUACAGGAAAAACGGCCACCACCCUUCGGUUCAAGUUGGGUCAAACGCUAUUGCACAUUUGUCAAAGAGCAGAAGAUCCUGCACAUGGUGACCUUUGACCACAGAUCUGGUGGGAAGAUUGGUGAGACGGAGUCUGUCACACUCAAAUCUUGUCUCCGCAAAACGACUGACAUGUUGGACAGGAGGUUUUGCCUAGACCUCGACAUAACCGAUCGGCCGGGGCUGGUGCUAACAGUACAGGCCCUGUCAGAGGAUGACCAUAAGUUCUGGAUGCAGGCCAUGGGUGGGAAGGAACCUGUUGGACACUACCUUGGAAGAACUUAUUCUAAAGAAAGAGGGAUUGAUGCGCAGCUGGAUGAACUGGGUCUGAGUUUUGUGAAGAGCUCCAUCAGCGCCAUAGAGACGAGAGGUAUUAAUGACCAGGGCCUGUAUAGAGUUGUCGGGGUAAGCUCCAAGGUCCAGAAGCUCCUCUCAUUAAUGAUUGAUGAGAAGAGCUGCGAGGUGGAUCUGUCCACCAGUGAGGACUGGGACGUUAAGACAAUCACGAGUACACUGAAGCUUUAUCUGAGGAGCCUUCCUGAGCCAUUGAUGACCUAUGGACUUUACAAAGAAUUCAUCAGCCUUGCCAAGGGUGGUAGUCCGGAGUCUCGCAUCCAAGCUGUCCACUGCCUGGUCCACAAACUGCCGGAGAGGAAUCGUGAAGUCCUCGGGCUUCUCAUGAAGCAUCUGGCCAAUGUGGCGGCCCACAGCAAACAGAAUCUGAUGACCGUGGCCAACCUGGGCGUGGUGUUUGGCCCCACAUUAAUGAGGCCACAAGAGGAGACUAUGGCCGCCAUCAUGGAUCUCAAGUUCCAGAACAUUGUGGUGGAAAUCCUCAUCGAACAGCAGGAAAAGAUCUUCGCAGAUGCUCCCGAGUCAUGCCCUGUUUCACCUGCUGCCCCUGCAUUCUCCGCUCCCACACGGCAGUCCAAGAAACUGGGUCGACAGAAUCGACCGCUGGCUGUCUACAAUCCACAAGCCCUCGACAUUCAGAAUGUGCCAGUAGUGGGAAAUAGUUCCAGCCUUGCUACAGAUGAGACUUCAAUGGGAAGCAAUGAGUCCGUAUCUUCCCAGUCGUCGUCAGCUUCGGCCUCGGAGACACAGACAGAGAGGAGUGACCACGCCCCGGUUAAAUCCGGCAUCAGCUCAGGCAGCAACUCCAGAGCCGCAGCAGCUUUGUGGUCCACUCCUGGAGCACCGGGAGAGAGUCAGCCUUCCGCCACCAUAACUGACUCCGAUAAAGAAAAUCCAGAGGAGAGUGUCACCAGCAGGAAAGCCAAGGCUGUGUACCCAUGUGAGGCCGAGCACGACUCUGAGCUCUCCUUCCAGGUCGGCGCAAUAUUCAACUCCGUGAUCCAUUCGAGGGAGCCCGGCUGGCUAGAGGGGGAGCUGGAGGGGAAGAGGGGCCUCAUCCCUGAGAACUACGUGGAGCUGCUGUAGCCCCCCCCCCCCCCGCAUGGAAAUAUUUAUGGACAAGUUAUCGACCUCCACUGGGAAAAGUAUGCAAGACGUAUGCAUGUGCCACAUCUCUGAAAAUUCAAAGUAGAGCCUUGUUAACCCCCCCCCAAAAAAAAACAAAAACAAAAACUGAAUUUUAUGAUAUUUAGUGGUGGACUUUUCUUGAUACAUAAGUACAUGUGUUUUUGCGCUGGCAGGUAGACGUUGUGAUGCGUGUGCGCAGGCGUGCUUCCCUGUGUGAACUUACUCUGGUUAAUUUCAGCAUCGUGGUUCCAGACUGGGCUCGCACUUAGAACGCAAAGAUGCUGUAGCCUCUUAAAAAAAAAAAAAAAUCCGGGUAAGUCUGUAGCAGCAGGCCCCCCCCCCCCUAUCCACCUCUGCCCCUGUUAUACAUGGUAUCCAUGAGCUCUCAAGUCAAAAGGAUGAUUCCCAGAAACCGUCGGUGCCCAAGUGACCUUAGCUUUUGUGACAGCGAAGCGCACACGUUAUUUUUUUCAGCCGUUGAAAGAUAAGCCAUACCCAUGUGCCUUAGCCACCAGGACGUCGCCUACUGUAAAUGUAUGUACAGCUACAGUAUGAAAACUCAAUGAGAGUGUUACUGCUUUCACGUAUAAAAUGCUGCAUUUUUAAAUCAUUUUAAAGAUUAUCUAGAUAUUCCAAAUGAGGCACAAUUCUAUUUUAAUGUAAUUGACACAAUGAUUGCAUGUUUUUUUUUAUUAUUAUUUUAAAAACACUGUGCUGUUUUGUUAAUAGUGCACUUCUUCACAGAAACAGAGAAACGCCUCUCUAAAUCCCUACCGAGCCUUUUGUGUUCAAUUUGAGCCUCAGACACUUUCAACAGAGGUGAUUUUCAAUAGUUUGUGUUGAUUGAAACCAAGUAUUUUUUUUCCUGUCAAAUGAUCUGUUGUGUUUGUUUAAAAGCUUCUUUAUUUUUUUUUUCAAAUGAUGCUCAGUUUAAUCUGAGCAUGAUACACUCCCACGAGGCUGACAUUUGAGAUUUAAUUUUGUUUCAUGAUUUCAUCUGUGAUAAGCAGUUUUAUUAUCAAUAUCCGUUCGUAGUAUAUAGCCUACACGAGCCAUGACUGCCAAGUACAUUCUAGAAAAUCCCCGGAACAAGUUUUAUCAGGACCGUUUUUUGCAUGUUACGCACAUUACGUUAAAUUUCAGUCCUCAGCUCUUCAACGAGACACUUUAAUUCUUCUGAGAGCUUCGGGUUCUGCACAUUGUUUGUGUUUUCAGUUUGCGGUUGCAAUAAUUCAAAGACAUUGAUUCAUGUCAUUUGUAAAGGGCCUUGACUGCUUUCAUUUUAUACCUCUGGGUAUCCUCUUGAUCAAUGUUAAACAAAUAAAGAUUUUUUUUUUUGGUUC